AUGAAGUUUUUUGUUCACAUCAAUUUAGUCACGAUGAAUAACAACACUUUUUCUAAUAGUAUUAGAAGAUAUAUUUUGGAAGGCGACAAUGAAGACAAGGACAUGGAUAUUGAUGUUGAUGCUGGUAUUGAUCUGUUUGAUAUUACCAGAUUCAACUAUAGUACAUUAUUUGAUAAAAGUGCGAAUCAAAGUAUCAGCCAUACAGAAAUGGUGUUUAAAUUUUUUGGAAUUGAAAAUAUAUCUGAUGUGGAUACAGUUCCUCAAAAGUACAAGUGGUAUUUUGACGAUCAUCCAGAUGAGUGGAAAGAAUUAUUCAUCUUCUUUUGUGUUAUGCCAUUUACCGAAUAUGAAUUUGAAGGAUCCGAUGGAAGUUUACUAAACCCUGAUACUCUACGUAAGACUGGUCUGAGCCAAGCAACAGACAACAUUCUAAUUCGGACUUUUUCGGAUAUAGAGUUUGAAUCAUUCAAUGAGNAGAUUCCGGAAAGCAGAUUCGCAAAUAACUUGCAAUGUAUUUUGAGAACAGACCUAUUCUCUAAUACGUUUAGUGAGGAUCAAAGAAAAAAAGUAAUUACAAAUUUGCUNUAUGUUGGUUUUCAAUCAAAGCAUAAACUUGUUAAACAUAUCGGAUCAAUGGAGGAAAUUGCCUAUAGAGAUAACUUUAAAGAAUAUUUAUUUAAGCCCAUAAGUGAAUACGUGGCAUCAUUGUUAGACUUUGAAACGGAGGUUGAAGGGAAAAAUUCUAUUGGUCAGACUGGAGUUCAUACUAGAGUACCGCAUCAAACUAAUGAUUUAUUUCAAUCGCAUCCGGAUAUUGUGGCUUAUGCAGAAAAAAUACACUACCGAUCGUUAGUUAUUGUGGAAGUCAAAAAAUUACCACUUUUAAAGGGCGGCAAAGUGAUAAACUUUAAUGACCCAAAAAUGGUUAGAUUCUUUGUUCAACUUGUCGCAGA